AUGCUCGAGGACGGCUGGGGCUGGCUCGCGGUGCUGCAGACCGUCUACGAUAAGCGCGCCGCGCCAGACGCGCUGCAGCGUUUCGCGUGGCUGCUCCUCUCGCCGCUCUUCCUCGCGGUCGAGUGGCUGGGCACGUCGCGGCUGCUCUUCACGUGCAACGUCCUCUGCGCCCUCCUCACGCUCGAUCGGAGGCAAGAGUACUCGCCCGGCCGCGACUCGGUCUUCGACCCCUUUGUUGACGCCUCGUGCAGCGCGGAUCGGCUCGAGUGGCGGUGCGGCUACCGGCCGGAGGAGCCGCAAUGGCGGUGCUCCGCGCGUGAGAUUGCAGCCUUCAAGUGGUGCUGCGGCAGCAACACCUACGUGCCAGUCAUCGGCAUGCUCGGCGCGGUGCUUGCCAGCCGCGUCGCCGGGCGCGCGCUCCCUCCGGGCUGGGGCCGCGCCGUGCUGCACGCCGCGCUCUCCCUCGGCUGGCUCUGCGUCUCGGUCGGGCUGAUGUACUCGCUCGGCGACGCGCACACGACGCACGAGACUCCGUGGCGCGACGUGGGCGGGUGGAGGCCGUGUGCGCUCUCCUUCCUCUCCCCCGCCGCCCACUCGGCGUGGAUCUUCCAGGGCUGGCUCGUCGCCUCCCUCUUGCUGUGGCAGGCGGGGACGCGCCCCUCCGGCCGGACCUGGCCCGUCGCCUCGCGGCCGGCGCAGAAUGCCGGCGCGGAGCCGCUCCUCGUGAGCGGCGGCCCGGCGGCGGCGGAGCAGAGCCCGGGCAGCUAA